AUGAAUCAAAAAAAAUUAGAUCAAGUAAUCCACUACCUAAAAUAUAUCAAUGUCUUUGUUAAACCUGUUGAUUUAUUUCUUCUUAAGUAAGGAGGACAUAGAACUUUACUAGGCACCUUUAUGACUAUGGGAAUCAUAUCUAUAUUGUUAAUACAAUUUGUUGGUAUCAUUUCAUCUUUAGUUUUGCAUGACAACCCAACUUUACUUACUAACUAAUCAUAUUCAUAAUAAUAACCUCCUAUUUACUUAUCCUAAGAAAAUUUUACAAUUACUAUCAGCUCUUUGAAUUAUGAUCUUUUGGAUUCAUAUUAUGUCACUAUGUCAUUAGUGAGUCAAAUAUUUGAAGAUAAUACAAAUACAAAGAUUACCCCUUCGAUUUAAAAAACUAAUAUUCCUCUAAUCAAAUGUGAAAAACAAUAAGGUCUUCGCGAUUACUUUGUCAACACUUCUUUAAUUUAAUAUUGCAUUGAUUGGGACUCAGUUCCACAUAUAAUAAUAGAAGGUAGUUUAGAUUCAGAUUAUUAUAAGUAUAUAGAAGUUUCUAUUAAUCAAUGUGAAUAAACGUAAUAUAUUAAUUUUAUAAAGUAGUCGUAAAUGUCCGUUCAUCGAAAAUGAUGAAAUAAUUAUCAAAACAUUAUCAACUUAUGCUGAUACUAAGAAUUUCAAUCAACCUCAUUAAUUAUAUGGUAAGACAUUUAAAAAUGUUAUUAAUCAAUACUACACUAAAAGAUUGAAUGGGAUAUUUUAGAUAACUGAGGUUAAAUAAGAUCAUGGUUUCAUUUUAUCAGAAAUUGAGACGAGUAAAUCUCUUUCUAUUAAUAAUUUGUAUGAAAAUUUUGAUUCUUAAGAUGAAAAAGUUUAUGCCAAAUACAGCUUUUAUUUAGAUAAUUUAACUUAAAUAUAUCAAAUUUCAUAUCCAAAAAUCUAAUAAAGUCUAAGUGACUUUGGUGGAUUAUGUGAAAUCUUUUUUAUAGCUGCAUUAUUUAUAGUUACUCCUUUAAAUGAAUUAUCAUAUAAAGUUACACUAUUAAAUGAGUUAUUUAAUUUUAAUUUGAAUAAUUCACAUGGAGAUUAACAACAAAAAAUUCAUCCGAGUAGUAAUUCUAAAUAAAGGUUGAAAUCAAUUUAAUUAAAAACAUCUUAAUUAGAGAGAAUGAAUAGAUAAAUGACUGCAAAUGGUAGGAAUUCUGAAAAAAAUGAUCAUAAAUUUUUAAUUAAUGCUUUAUAAGACAGUAUUAAACGAUUUUUCGAUGAAAGAAAUAGUAAAUUAGAAUUAUCAUUUUGUGAUUACAUUCCUUGUGCUAGAGGUAAGAAAUAAUAAUUAAUCUCAUACUCUAUGAGUAAAAUUAAUAAUUCUCUUGAUAUAACCUAUAUCGUGAAAAAAUUAUAGGAGAUUGAUAAAUUAAAAAUGAUUUUGUUAUCACCAGAUUAAAUAAAAUUAUUUGAUUUUCUACCUAAACCUAAUAUAGAUAUGAAUUCAAAUAAUAAACAAUCUUAUUUUUCAAUUUUAAAGUCUGAGUAAUCUGAACUUGAAAAGGCUAUUGAAGCAUAAACAGCUUUUAAUAAUCUUGCCAAAUUUAAAGAUGAUCAAAUUAAUUAACAUUUAGUUGAAUUCUUAGAUGAUGAUAUUAUUUAACUAUUUAGGAUAAACAUGAAAAAGGAAGUUAAAAGUCUUACUAACUUUUCUCCAGUUACAUAGACCCAUUUUUUAUCUGAUCUUCCAAGUAGAAUGCCACAAAUUGAAUAAUAAGAUGAUUCAGAUUCGGAAUCUUCUCCAUCAAUUAAAUCUAUUAAAAGAGUGGAUUAAUGA